AUGUUAAAAAGGAGAGUGGGCAUAAGCAUAUUAGACUGUAACUUUGCUAAGCUGGAGGAAGAGCUAAGAGAACUAAAGGCGAAUGGAGCUACAAACAUUCAUUUGGACGUCAUGGAUACAACCUUUGUCAAGAACAUCACUUUUGGACCUUGUAUAAUCAAUAGGAUUCUUGAACAUGAUUUUGUGUUUGACAUACACAUGAUGGUUGAGUCCCCACUGGACAUUGUUAUGCAGAUAGACCUAGAGAGGGUGUUUCUGGUGACAAUUCAUCAUGAGAUAAGUAAUAAAGUAGGCGUUAGGGAAUAUUUGAAGCAGAGGAAUGUAUUAUUUGGGAUUGCAAUCAAUCCCGAGACGAGAAUGGAAGAGAUUGAGAUGGAGGAUGCAGACUUUAUCCUUGUAAUGAGUGUUAGGCCAGGGUUUGGAGGGCAGAAGUUCCAGGAAAGUUGUUUAGCAAAGAUAAGAGAUAUUCAAAAACACGGGAAGAUAAUUGGGAUUGAUGGAGGAAUAGGAAUGGCCAAUAUUGAGAAGGUUGUUGGGGUUGACUAUGUUGUAAUAGGGUCUGGAUAUUUUAGAUCUGAAGAUAGAAGAGGAUUUCUUCGUGAAAUCACGGAGAAGUUCCUUGGAGAGUUUUAG